GCGCUAUCGUGCAGUUUCGUCGCGAUCGUAGUACUGGUAGAGCGCGCGAGUGGUUGCCGUCGGCGCCUGCGCUGCUCAUUUCCGUGAUAUCGAAAUACGUAAAUUCCUGAAUGAAAGUAAAUAAUUUAAUUUAUAUUGUGAUUUUUUUUAUUCGAUUGCUUAUAAAUUUCCCGCGUUAUUAUUCCAUCUUUAAUGUAACAUGUCAGCACUGUAACACAAAAAAAGUUAUACAACCUAUUCCUGGUAAAACAUAAAGUCAACAAUUCCAGUAAUGGAGAAGAGCGAUUCAUACGCAAUCUUAGAUAUAAAUAUUUGUGAUAAGGAUUCAGCACAAGCAGAUAAUAAUCAUAAUAAAAAGAAGACAUCUCUCACAACUGUAAUUAAAAUUCAAAGAGAACGUGGGGAACGUGAUUAUAUAGGAUUUGCGACUCUACCGGAGCAAGUACAUCGCAAAUCUGUUAAAAGAGGUUUCGACUUUACACUAAUGGUUGUCGGAGAAUCUGGACUUGGCAAAUCGACUUUGAUCAAUAGCCUUUUUCUUGGAGAUCUUUACAAAAAUAGAAAAAUAUCUGAUGUUCAAGAUAGAAUAGAAAAAACGACGACAAUAGAGAAAAAAACAAUGGAGAUUGAAGAACGUGGAGUAAAGCUUCGGUUAACGAUAGUAGAUACGCCAGGUUUUGGAGAUGCCAUCAAUUGCGAAGACUCGUGGCGGGUGUGUUCUGCUUACGUCGAUGAACAGUUUCGACAGUACUUCACCGACGAGAGUGGUCUCAACAGACGACACAUGCAGGAUAAUCGAGUACAUUGUUGCCUUUACUUUGUGCCGCCAUGGGCUCACAGUUUACGUCAAGUGGAUCUGGAAAUGAUGAGACGGUUACAUCGUAAAGUUAAUAUUGUAGUAGUGAUUGCAAAAGCUGAUUCCCUCACCGCCGCGGAGGUGAAGCGACUGAAGACGCGCAUACUUAACGAUCUAGAAGAACAUCAGAUUCAGGUAUAUCAAUUCCCAGAAUGCGACAGCGACGAGGACGAAGAGUUCAAACAACAAGAUCGUGAACUUAAAGCUGCGGCGCCAUUUGCCGUGGUGUCGUCUGACACCGUGCUGGAGGUCGGCGGGAAGCGCGUGCGCGGCAGACAGUACCCAUGGGGCAUAGUUAACGUGGAAAAUCCCCGGCACUCUGAUUUCACGAAACUACGGACAAUGCUGAUUUCGACGCAUAUGCAGGAUUUAAAGGACGUUACACAAGACGUCCAUUACGAAAACUUCCGCGCCCAAUGCAUUUCACAGAUAUCACAACAUGCAAUGCGAGAAAGAGGAAAGCUAAAGAGAGAUUCGAUGGGCAAUAACACCGACGUUGUAUUUACGGACACCGACCGUUUACUUCUACAAAAAGAUGAAGAGGACUACCUUGGACCUCAUACGACGUAUGCAGGACAUGUUAACUCAAAUGCAAGAAAAACUCAAAGCUUCCGAUAAAAAACAUGACAGUAUUAUUGAUGUAUAGUACAUAGACCGCAGAAUUAGCUAAGAACUAUAAUAACGUUUUAAUUAGUUUUAAAUAAUAGAAUGUCUUUAGGAAAAUUCGAAGAAUUUAAUUUAUUGUAGUUUGUUAACUUUUAAAAAAGAAAAGCGUUAUGUGAGUAUAUGCCUAAUUGUAUAUUAUUUUAUUGAAUCAAUUAAGAUUCUUAUUUACUACUAAAUUGUAAUGUUUAAAAUGUCUUAAAAUCAAAUCAGGAACAAGAAAAAUCAGAAUUAGCAACAAAUUGUUUAGGACAUAGCGUCUGCGAAAACAUUUAUCUUAAUAAAAACCAAUGUGAAAGUAAUAAAUCAGUAUAAAUUAUUGUAGCCCUAAUUAGUAUUACACUUUGCACUUACACAAAAUUUUAUUUAUUUAAGUCAGUUUUAUCACAUUAGUUUAGCCACAUGUCUAUGUCUACGUGUACACUAAGUAUAUAUUAUAGAAUAUAUGUAUACUUAGACAACUAAUCUCAUUAAUAUCAAUUUAAACCAAAGAUACUAAAAACAGAAGUUUCUAAAUAUUUAUGUUAAGCUGUAAUUUGAUUAGCCAAAAUUUAUUAAUUAAAUAUUUAAAAAAUAUAUAUAACGUUUUAAUCUCUUUCCACGUAAGAUGGUGAUUAUUGUUACACCCAAUAAACAAGGAUUUUUAUUUAAUUAUUACACUAUAUACUUAUGUAAGGAUAUUUAUGUAAUUUCCAUCGAUUUUCAAAUUUCAAGAUAAGAGAAAAUAUACUUUAAAUAUGAAUAUUUUUCAAGAUUUACAGAUAUGUUGAUGUAUAAAAGAUUGUGAUUAUUUUUUUGAUCAAUAAUUAAGCAAUUAUCUGCAAAGGCAC